UGUGAGAAAACAAAUAUGGCAGCGAUUGCUUGAGCUUGAACGGAACCGAGACUUACCAUUCCAGAGAAUUGUUCGCCAAAGUAAUUUGAGAAGUGUUGUGUGCGUGGCUAAGGAAAAAACCUAUAACUCACAAUAUAAUUUAUUUUAGCCUUCGUAGUCUGGCCAUUCUCUUCUACAUAUUCCAUAACCUCACUUCUCUAUUCCUCAAUUGACGUCUGCUGUCACGAUUUGACUCUUGCUAAAAAAACAAAGUGUACCGAAGGAACUAUGGGUUCGGAGCAAAGUACUUCUGCAGGGACAGGACAGUGGCCUCAACGUUCGGUCUCUGCAGCAUCAGAUAGCAGAGUCAAUCAAUUUCGUCGAGGUAAAUCCUUGGCUGAAAGAUCGGAAAAUUCCACUGAGGAACCCGAAGGAGACUCUCCAGGAAAUCGUCCUGGUAACACAUCUCCAGGACCAAGCAUUUGUUCUGAUUCAGAUUUACCAUACAUAUCAUACACUGUCAGUCGUCCUAUAGGAGAUUCUCCAAAAUUAUCUAACAAGCAACAACUCCAUCGAGGAAGAUCACUUGGAGGCGCCAUCCCAAGUCUACACCUGCAGUCUACUGGCAAUGCAAGCGCCAAUAAAAAUAGGCAUUCAACAGGCGGGAUAAUAUCUGGGAAUGCCCAGAAGUGGAGUCAGCAAACACAAAGACCACAUAGUAUUGUUGUUGUGAAAGCAGCAGCAGACCCUGUUACUCUGGAGAAAGAUCCAGACCUUGUCAGACUACAGAAUGUUCCUAUGUUCCUGCCAAUCAUGCGUGGCACUCUCAACCUUCCAGCAGCAAGAGAUCCUGAAGUAUUGGAGAGGCUUGACCCAAGUGGAACACUGAACUUGUGUUUGCGAUACCAGCAACAUCUUGCCCUGUGUGCUAAUUCAGUAGCAGCAGAUCAGAAUCAAGCAAUUGCCAAAAUGAGAGAGAUCGACUUUGAAACCCAGCGUAUGGUGACCUCUCUUACUGAACGUCAGAAAAAGUUUUCAAAGUUUGUAGAGAAGUUGCAGAAAGUCAGAGAACUUUCCAACCAGCUUAAUAAAUGUCAUGUUUUACUGAAUCAGACUUUAGAAAAUAUAGAGACCUUGAACAAUACCUUACCUAUUGAAGAAAGACUAGAACCAUUUGUUUGGACUACUGGAUGACACAUACUUGGUGAGGAGCAGAAACAUGACAUUGAAGACACAUCUGAAGAAAUUGAUUUGAAGUAAAUUGAUCCAUCUAACUCUGCUU